AUGAUGGAUGCCCUCUCGAACGAUGGAGUACCCCCACCUUCCGGCACUCAAGCUCUACCCAAGAAGAAAAAGAUCUUGCCUACUGUCGGCCCGAUAGGAUGGUCGGAUAAUUUCAAGAAACCGAAGAAGAGCUCAAGGAUCUCUUUACCGGAGCUUCCUCCGUCCUCAGCUGAAAAUCUUACGCCCUCGACACCAGCUCAACAGCCACCCAAGAAAAAAAGGCAGGUCAUAGUACCGCAACUUCCUCCAUCUCCAGCUGCAAACCCUACGCCCUCGGCACCUUCUCAACAACCACCCAAGAAAAAGAAACGCAAGAUAUCCAACCAACCCCCUCUUACCUCCGCACCAGAUCCCUCACUUGAAGCGACUCCCGGCGUGAUACUUACCCCAACGCAGCCGCAUGAAAUAAAAAACACAUCUUCUAAUCUCCGAAAUCCGGAACCGACACAUCUCAACAAAAAGAAAAAGGCUACAAGGGUUUCCUUACCUGUACUGCCUCCUUCCUCAGCUGUCAACCCGAUGCCCUCUACACCUUCUGAGCAACCACCGAAGAAGAAGAAACAGAAGUUCAGCAAUGACUCUCUCAACUCCGUAUCAAAACCAUUACUCCAAAAGACUCCCGGCUUAAUACCUACCCCAACCCAGCCUCAUCAAACCCAAAACGUAUGUACUAAUCUCGAAAAACCGAACCCACAACCCAUUCUUCAGCCUCAAUUGUUAUCUCCCUCGCUUGAUCAAUCUGCUACAAUCAAUGCCGACUCUCAAGGAUCUACGGAUACGUCUCAGCUAAAACCGAACCAACCAGUUUGGCCCUCAUUAGAUUCGUUCUCUAACUUAACCCCUCAAGAAAUCCUCGCAAGGUUUGCGACCACCGCUCCAACAACCCCAUCUGUCAAAAAGAGGAAGAAGAGCCAAGCGAUUUCCGGGCAACCGGUUGCAGCUCCAAAUCAAUCAUCGUCUGCUUCUGUCGUAAGAAAAAAUCGCCUGAAAGCCAGCACAGGUGAACCCGAUCAGAAUGAGAAAAUGCCGGAAGCCACCCCAGUCACUCCACCAAGCCUAUCAAAUUUGUCGAAAUCAGUCUAUACCGAACCGCAAAAACCAGAUGAACAGGCUGAAAGAAGUUCAACUUCCACAUCAAUCCCCUUGACCGCACCAAACCUAUUACAGGCCACAAAUUCACAGACUCAGGCGCCCGUCAGAUCUGAAAAUUCACAACCUCAUCAGACGGCUUUCUCACAAGCAACUGGAGCAGUUACCGAUCAAGACCGAAGUAGUAACCCUAAGUUCGAUGGUCAAAUUGUGAUUGGAGCUGCCGAGCCACAUUCUCUCAAUGUCCCAGAACAGACUUGUGUUCCUGCGACGAAAAAAGAACGGGUGAAAGCUAAGGCCAAACAGAAGAAACUCGCCAAAAAAGAAAGCUUACGCAGUGGAUCGGUUUCAACCACACAAACCACACAAGAAGCCAAAUGCUUCUCCAGUGUGUCAACCUCACCCCGUCCCAUGCAAAGGGAUUUUCAUGUACCAUCCCGACAAUCGACUCCUAUAUCGAUGGUGAAAGUUCCAAAGCACUUCGGUAGAUGGGAGCUCUCGAUGCCGUCGGAUAGGGAUGUCCCAAUGACCUUGCUAGCCCGGAUGCAUCAGUUCCUGGAUGAGGCUGUGUGUGCUGGAUUUGCCAAACCGAUAUUUCGUGACCCUACUCUGACCAACACUGAACCUGCACCCAUGAGCAAGGUCACUGCCUCCAACGAGUUUGUCUCAGACAUCAACCGAUCAAAACAGCUGGAUAAACUGUCAACAGAUGAAAACCCCACUCACGUUGUCGACGAAAGCAACUGCGCAGCACCCAAACCAAGGAAUCUGUUCCCUGCUAAAACGUCCCACCUCGCGAUUGAAGCUCCGGCCACGAUCCCUGACAACCAAAGAAAACGAACUUUCAGUGUUUGCUCAUCUUCUCUAAGUGAGGACAUUAACAACACGGUGAUGAUGACUCUGGGUCUGGAGGAAAGUUACGAAACUGAUCAAGAAAACGAUUCCAUCAAUAACCAAGCCCCCAAAGGCCUCGCCGUCGAUUCCAAUCCAAAAAUUAUCGAGCCUCCCCCCUCUCAAUUAGAGGAGAAUGCUGUCACAGAAGCCGUAUCUGGAGUCCAUGCCGCCUCAUCGGGGACUGACCUGAGUUCAUCUCAUUUGUCAAAACCCGGACAUCAGCCAAAUUCCGACAACAAGGGCGUGACGUCAGAUAAUGGCCUAGGCAAUAAUUCGCCGGCUAAGGAACCACCAGUUACAUCGGCUGAUUCGAGUGAGGCUAAUUCGAGUGAGGCUUCUUCUCCUUCGGGAGCCUCGGAAAUCGUGACCGAAGAUACGACAAUCCAGCCUCCGGAUAGGGCUCCGUCAGAUAAGUUGGAAUCAACAAUAUCCACUCUGUCCCUCCCUCAACCAGAACCCAACGCAUCUGCUUCACCAAUUUCUAACAAAACCCAUACGAAAAGUGUUUCUGAAUCUGAUUCCUCCUCUGAGGAUGAAUCAGACUCGUCGCCGGAAGAUGGAGCACCACCUUCCGCACAGCGCCCACCACCACGGAAAUCGGCAAGUGUAGAGAGCUCGAGCUCGGACGACGAAGCGUCAUCGACCACCAGCUCUCAUCACGCCUCGCCUGCCAAUCCACCCUCUCAGCCUUCCUCAGUUGCCAUCGGCUACGCUGGGAGGACUGGGCUCUACAAAAAAGGGCCAAUGGCGGGUAGAAGAAAAACAUUGGAUACCUUCCGGCCGCUAGAUUUCACUUUGAACACUCCUCAGUCAAUUGGUCUUCCUCCUCUAUCAACAGACCCAAAGAAUCGUGCUGGCCAUUCGGAUAAGGAGUCAAGUAGCACUAGUGACGACGACGAUUCGGACAGUGAUUCGAGCGACACUUCUCCUAUGAAAAAACCCGACAAACUGCCGCUUGGCUUGCCUGCCCACAAGCUUGCAGGAAGCACCGCUUCUGCGAAACCUAACAAGUCCACACCUUCUACCGCUAAGAAUAGCUCGACUGACCCGAAUAAAAAGUCGAAUAAAAGUCGAAAAUCGCUUGUCAAGUUUUGGGCCACGGAAGAAGCUAAAAUCAUCAAAUCUAAAAAAAAAGCUUAA